AUGGCUUCCAUCGCAGUUAACAUGAAGUUCAUCACCUUGCUAGCUUCCGUGGCGGCGGCUCAAGUCCAGACAUCACCAAUCCGCCCAAGUCAUGACAGCGCAAAGGCUAAUGCCAACCACAUCUUCAACGCGAUUCAUUCUGCCGGUCGUCAAUGGGGGUCUUCCUUGAACCAUAACGGCUUCGGCUUCAUCCCUGUUGUUGUUCCAGCGGGGACUCUGCUUUAUCAUGGAGGCUACUUCGAGGAUCCUCCCGAUCGCUUCGAGUGGCUGGCUUUCGAAGUUGAACAUGCGGAAAACUUCGUCAGAGUACCAAACAGGGGCCGUGUAGGUUGUGGGGAUGAGCAGCCUCAUCCUCCAUCUUCUGACCAGAAACUUCUCGGCCAGCCGGAAACAGGUCCCGGUGACUGUGAGGAGGGAAGAGUGAGAGGAUAUCUACAGACCUAUCAGACGACGCGCGACGUGCGGCUGCUCUAUCUCGAUGGCACAUCGGCAGGGAAGAGCCCCAUGGGGACCCUAGACUCACAAGAUGAAGUGCUUUGUCCCAGCAACGAUUCAGACAGGGGGUUUGGAGGCGAAAUGUAUCGUGCAAAAUGCCUUUGUGAUCUAGUGACCGAAUGGGGAUGGGAUGGCAUUAUGCGCAUGGAGAUUGGUUUCGAAGCUAUAUACUGCAACUUCAGCGCCGGCUUACAUCUUGAUUCCUCAGUGCGGACAAUUAUCCCAGAAGAAAGAUUGAAGCCUGACGGCUACAUGAUAACUUAUCUGUGGUCAAGAGCAGCCGCCGAACGAUAUGAUGACAUUGGAGGCGACCGAGUUCAGAUGGACUUUUCGUCCAUGAUAUCUGGGUUUUUCUUCCCUAUCAACGUUUCUAAUACGGACCCAGACCGGCCGGACCUUAUUAGACUGGGGGCUGCAAAGCGAGAGCAUUUGAAAGAUAUCAAGACCUAUAUACAGAGCGCUGUGGAGGAACCCAAAAAGUUCAAUGUCAACUGGCAAGCCGUUGUAGACAUGAUCAUCACUCGUUUCAGUAAGAGGCUGGCAGCAAUGGCUUCGACGAACGUAUCGACAGAUUUAUUCAUCGGCGAGCUGGAAGGUGCAAUAAUGACCUAUCUCGAAGCCCCAAGGCUCCCAGGCGAUAUCACGGUGGCAGAAGAUGACGAUGGCAAGAAUAGAACCGCCGAGGCUGUUGAUCGCUGUGCUUCACACUACCUGAAACCGGCGCUGUUAUCACAAAAAGACUGGACGCUGUCAGACUCAUUGAUUCACACCGCCCUCGGAGUCGCGUCCCCAGAUGUGGAAGCCGAUGCAUACUUUAUCAAGAGAGACGUAAAAAAAGAUCUUGCCUGGACCACAUGGAAGAAACCGCAGCUAUGUGAUGUGGAUCAGAUCCUAUUAACAGCAAUGUGGCCGUUUGGAGACAGCGUCGACCACUUCAACCCCGGCUGUGUCUCCGUCCAAAAUGUCACAGCGCGCCGAAGAAAUUAUUGGACUCCCCAUGAGCGAAGGCCUUUUACCUAUUGA